AUGACCAGAGCCAUCAAGAAAUAUCUCGCCAGAACGGGGGAUCCAGGUGCUAGUCUGCCGUGCAAACACUGCGCCGAUAAAUGCACAUGCAUUUACGUGACGGCUGACUACCUCGACGAGUUGGGCAUGACUGAGGCGGUAUGCAAGUCGUGUGACGUGGAGAUCCUGUCUACUGAUUGCAGCGAGAGCUUUGGCGGCAGUUCAGAAAACACGCCAGAUUCUGGAAAAGAAGUAGCCACUAAGAAGACGGGGGAACUGGGGGAGUGUCUUGGGGCUGCAGCGGUUGAGACCUCACCUGACGUGCAACGCAAGAGCUGUGAAGGUGCCACCGCACGUGACGACGCAGAUAUGGACUCUGACCCUGCUGCUUUCAUUGAACGGUGGUACACCAGCGCUCUUGAAGGGCAGUCUUCAGGAAGCGAAGCUGCAGCUAAUAGUGCAACGGAUCCCGUUAGCGCGGAAAUACUAACAGGUAGUCCAUUGGUGACGCGUUCAGAAGAAGAUAACAAUAAUCAUUCAACGAAAUCACGAGAGACGAAUGGUUGGACAUCGGGAGCAGAAUUUGGGAACGGGAAACUUCGGAUUACCUCGUCUCCAUCAUGGAACACAGCUAGCAGACGUGAAGAACCAUGCAUCCGAUGA